UAAAAACAAGCCUCAAACUUUGAUCGAUGAAAAUUUACAAGUGAUGGAAGACAUUUGAGGAUCAUUGUGCUAGACGGAUUUAAUCUUUGUGGACAAAACCCAUUGUUCCUGAGGAUUUAUUUUUCUGAGAUAUAAAUCACUAUUUUUUUUUAAAACAAUUUAUCUUCCUCUAUGUGAACUAGCUGGCAGCAUGGGGAUACUGCUAUUAUUUGCUGUCCUGCAAGUGGUGACAGUCGGUUUGGUGACUGCAGGCUGUCCAGUGGUAUGCGAGUGCCCGGCAGGUCCCCCAUCCUGUCCCCCAGGGGUCAGUUCAGUCCCGGAUGGCUGCGGCUGCUGCAAGGUGUGCGCCGCCCAGCUCAACCAGGACUGUCACGAAGGGCGGCCCUGCGACCACCAUAAAGGCCUGGAGUGCAACUAUGGCAAUGAUGUCGGCCGUACCCAUGGCAUCUGCAGGGCGAAGGCAGAAGGCCGCUCCUGCGAAUACAACGGAAGGAUUUAUCAAAAUGGCGAGAAUUUCCGUGCUGGUUGCAAGCACCAGUGCACCUGCAUCGAUGGAGCGGUGGGCUGCGUGCCCCUAUGCCCCAGCCAUGUGCCCCUGGCUUCCCCUUCCUGUCCCACCCCACAGCUGGUCAAGGUGCCAGGCCAGUGCUGCCUCAGCAUCGACUGCCACAAGGGAACCACCGUUGUGCCCCCAGCGCACCGGCGACCCCAACCUCCAGCUUACCCGCCUUAUCCCUUCAUUCCGUACCCGGCCUACCCUUACCCAAAGCCAUAUCCAAAACCUUACCGGAAGCUGUACCCCUACAAACCCAAAAAGGAGGACACCCUGGGCAACGAGCUGGUGGAGGUGGGGCGCAAGUGGGACAAGCCACGUGGACACAAGCACCUGGCGGCGUGGAGGCAGGUGGGAGAUCAGUGUGUGGUUCAGACCACCUCCUGGUCCCAGUGUUCUCGGAGCUGCGGGAUGGGCGUUUCCUCUCGUGUUACCAAUGACAAUGCCCGGUGUAAGCUGAUCAAGGAGACGCGUCUGUGCAACAUUCGGCCCUGCAGCUCCAUGUCUAUCCCUGUCAAGAAAGGAAGGAAGUGCUCUCGUACCCAUAAGGCCCCUGAGCCACACCGUCUGUCCUACGCUGGCUGCAGGAGCACUCGCCUGUACAGGCCCAACUAUUGUGGUGUGUGUAGGGAUGGCCGCUGCUGCUCACCCCGUCGCACACGCACCGCCAGCGUGACCUUCGCCUGCCCUGAUGGCGAACGCUUCAACAGGUCCGUGAUGUUCAUCCAGUCCUGCAAGUGCAGUGACGAGUGCAACCACCUCAAUGAGGCCGCCAUGCCUCCGCAGCGAUGGCUCUACGGAGACACACACAAGUUCAUCGACUAGUGGUAUCAUCCCCCCAAACUACAUUCCUUCACAAAAAAAAGACUUUUCCUUCCCCCCCUAGCAAUCCCCAUUAUAGAAUAGCUGUCCGUAGUGUAUCUAUGAGUAGACGCAAGCGAGGUGCACACGUCAAAACAUCUUUUUUGGAAAAUGAUUUGGGGAGGAAUGGGGAGAAGAAGAAUGAAUCAGUUGGGCGCAUCUCCAACUUGGAAAGAGCAAAGUGACCAGCCCCUGCUUUAGAGUAGAUAAAAAGUUGAUUCUGGACCGGCCAGACUUCUUCAGACUGCGACAAAAUCUUUAUGGAAAACGUGGAUUUUAUCAGCCACCAUGUUGCUGCCACGCACCAAAUGUCCCUUGAACUCUGAGACUUUCGUUGGGGAUGAUGGAGCAAAAGCUGCCACACAUAAGCCUAACUGUUGGUGACUUCUUUUACUGAGCAACAUGUCUGACUAGCUUAUAGACAGCUGGUCUGAUGUUUCUUUGGAGCCAGAUAUCAAACCAGUCUGUGCACUCCGAUAUCUGAGUAUUAAUAAACCAAAUGAAGACUCAUGGAGAGGACUUGACAGAAAAGACUGGGAUGGUGAUAGCAGAAGAUGGAGGAGCAUCUCAGAUGCUCUGAGCUCGUGUCUUUUUAUGGUAUUUAUUCAUUGGUAUUUAUUGUUGAGAAAGACAUGAUGACAAAGUGGCCUGCCACCAGGGAAGGCGGCGCUGCUAUGUUUGGAGCAUCAGCGUGGCUGAACGGGGAUCUGAGAGGGACAAAACAGCUGAGAGCUGUCAGCCAUGGGAGGGAGAGGAGAGCUCCCACAGAUCUGGGGCUUGACCCCAGGGUCACAUCAGAGGUCACCUUGGUCAGAAAGCCAUAUCUAAUGAUGGAUGAUGAAGGCUACAGAAGAAGAGGCGGUAUGUACUGGAAAAAGUCAGAGUUGAACCUGAUGGGUUGAGGCUUUGUACGCAUUAGUGGGGAAUAUGUCAAAGGUUGUUUACACAGCUGGACUCAUCCCCUGCGUUGCCUCCACAAGAAACUGAGACAUUUAGCAAGCACCAGAAGAACAAGCCUGGGAUUCUGGCGUCAAGAAGUCGACCGCCUAAUUCUGUGCAAAUUACGAUCCUGACUCUGAGGGGCAGUGAGAGAAAAUCAGCCACUUACUGCUAUGCUAUAAAAAUAAAAUUUGAAAACUGCGUGUACUGAGGCAAACAUGUAAUUUGUGACUGGCGGGUGGAACCGCUCUGCUGCCCAAUCUGGCCUGUAAUCGAGCAGCAAACCGAUGCAGGCAAGCUCACUGAAACAAAACAAUAACUCAUGCUUCUUCGUGUUAAAGUAGUGUCUAUUUCUGAAAAAUGCUGUGGAAGGCUGUGUUGUCGGUAGACAUCACUGUCAGGGACAGAGAAGAGCUUUAUGGCCCUGCAGAGGACGGGGCCAAGGCUGCCAGAGGUCAACAAGAACCUGUUUCCAAGGACAGGUUUGAAGGAGGGGAGGACCCUUAAGAAUCCAAGCAUCGUACUUAACCGGGACGUGGGUUUACGUUCAUGCACCUUACGACAGCUGUCAAUCAUGACCUAAUCUUUUAUCUCAUGCCAAUGUAAUACAGAGGGAUGAAGAAGUCAUUUCAAACUGAUUUUCAUCUUAACCAAAUAAAUAUUUUACACUGGUGAUUCUGAAUUAUUGAAGCACCAAUUUAUUAUUUCAAAGUUUGUUUUUCUGUUGUGCCAUAAAAUAGUGGCUUAGAUGCUUUUGCAGUUUUCUAUGAAACUGCAAAAUAUUUGCAUUUUCUACCAUCUCUUGGCUACAAUAGGCUUUCUUAGUUAAGAGAUUCUGCUGCCUCGAAACCUUACAACCGUGUUAGGAGGUUUUAAACUUUACAGGUGAAAAUUGUUUGAUAAAUGUUUGCCAUGUUGCCAUUGCUAUUUGGCUAUGUAGAUGCUGUGGUUUUGGUACUGUUUGUCUAGUUUUGUUAAAAGGACACUAUAGAGCAGCUAUGUACAGAUGCGUUGUUACCUUCUUUUGUAGUUGUAUCUGCUGUAUAAGGGCCAAUCCUUUUACUGAGUUAUACUGAAGUAGUCCAUGUAUAGUUUAGCACUGAACGAGGCAAGGUUCAGAUCCUUUAUGAGCAGUAAGUGCCAAUUUGAAAGCAUGAUGAUUGUAUGUCUAAAAGUGUACAUUAACACCAUCUGUAAUAAUAAAGUCGUGCUUUUUAAUAGUAUAUUUAAAAAAAAAAAAAAAAAAGGAAUU